CGCUCCAAUGGACUAAAAACUAAAACACAAAUCAACAAAAGCAAAAAUUGAAGUGAAAAUAUAAGCUAUUACAAUUUACAUAUUACAUACAAUUUACAUAUAAGUACGAAAAAACUUUCCUGGGCCGGAAACAGAUUCGAAAACAAAGGAGCAAACACCCACAUAUUUGAAGAGGAUUAAUCAUGGACAUCUCAAAGGCACCAAAUCCGCGAAAACUGGAGCUGUGUCGCAAAUACUUCUUUGCUGGCUUUGCAUUUCUGCCCUUUGUGUGGGCCAUUAACGUUUGCUGGUUUUUCACGGAGGCCUUCCAUAAGCCACCAUUUUCGGAGCAGAGCCAAAUAAAGAGAUAUGUUAUAUACUCUGCAGUGGGGACUCUAUUCUGGCUGAUAGUACUAACUGCCUGGAUAAUAAUAUUCCAGACAAAUCGCACAGCCUGGGGCGCCACAGCGGACUAUAUGAGCUUCAUCAUACCCCUAGGCAGUGCAUAGACAUAACUAGAUUAAUUCGUUAGCAACUAAUGAUAUUAAAAAAGACUUCAUUCCUAAACAAAAUUAACGUUUAUUAUUAAUCCAUCAGAAGUUCCCGUAUAUGACCCAAACAAAAGAAGUGCUGUUUUGAUUUAAUUACAUAUUUUUUAUUCACAUCUAAAGCUGUUUUUGUUUUUUAUAAUUUUCUGUAUACUUUAAAUAUGUGUACUAUAUUUUGUUGAAAUUUCUUAGCCGCUAGUUAUGUGUUUUGUUCAUAUUCGUCCGCCCAUAUUUGAAUGCUUGAUUUAGCUUUAGUUAGCCAUUUUGUGGAUUACAUUCUUUGCUUAGAUACAAUUUCAUUGUUUCGAAUUCAAUUCAAUGCGCUUUAUCCAUCUCUAAAAUACAUAAUUUGUAUAAAACUCUGCUUGUACCGUUGCAUAAGCCAUUAUGGUAAUUUGUUAAAUCCCAUUUAAUUGUUUUGUUAUGUUGUGUGUUUGUAUCCGUGAGUCGAAUGCCUCCUACGAUUUGAUUACAAAUUGCAUUAAGAAUGUCAAAAAACCUAGCGACUCCUAAAUGAGUGUAAGGAAAACACUCGCCGAUCUACACAUGAAGACAUAAUUCAAAUUGCUAUUAUUCGGUAAAUCGCUUGCAUUUCGUUUGCGGUUAACAGCAAAUGCUGCCAACACAUAUAGUAAAUUACAAUAUUAUGUAUUA